AUGAGUCCCUCGGCUUUCCGCAUCAUGCUUAGUCCCAGAGACCGCAGCUCUAACGAGCUCCCUGCUGUUCGCGGUGCUGGCAUGUGCCUCCCCCAACAACUUGGUCUUGAUUUCGAGCAGCUUCUCAUUAGCCUCCCUCCAGCGCUACGCCUCCACAUAGAAUUCGGCCAGGUAGUUGGCAAUCCACCACACAGCCCAGUGGUCGAAGCCCAGGGUCUCGAGCGUCGUCUCAAAGGUCAAGAGAAGGAAGCUUUGGCACAAGAGGCUCUUGACGGUCAACAAAUUGCGACACUGCAGCACGGUUCCGACGGAACAGACACCCCGGUUCCUAAACGCAGACGGCUGCAUGACUGCAAAGUCUGA